AUGGCCGCCCCUCGCUUCCUGCUCAUCAGCCUGGGAAACCCUGAACCAUACUACAACACACUUCACUCUGCUGGCCACCACGCCCUUAACCAUCUCCAGAAACUCUUGGGACCUUCUCAGCCAGCUUUCCACAGGGGUCGCUUCGGCGGCAGCUCAUGUUUGGCGUCGAUCGGCCCCAAGUACGCCAUGAUCCAGAGUCCCGCCAUCAUGAACGUCUCCGGCAAAUGGGUCGCCAAGGCGUGGAAGGAGACGCUCGGUACGCGUGAUCCGGCAGAUCUGAGUCUCAUUCUCGUCCAUGACGACUUGGAGGAGGAGCUGGGCUUCGUCAAGACGAGAAAGUGGAAGAGCAGUCACAGAGGUCACAACGGAGUAAAGAGCGUCAACGCAUGUCUUCGCCAGGCAGACUACCCGGGAUCCGAGUGGGCGAGGAUAUGCAUUGGUAUUGGGCGGCCGGAAGAGCGCGAGAAGGCUACUGUAUCUAACUAUGUGCUCAAGCCCAUGUCAAGGCAUCAGUGGUCUGCCCUUGAGGCCAACGCAGGAUCAGGAGCCCUCGAAUGCCUUCUCGCGUGGGAGGAGAAGUUGGCGGCUGCAGCUGGGAAAUGA